AUGUCUAAGGAUAUAAGAUCAUAUUUCCAACUCAAAAAGCCAUCUAAGCCAGUGGUGAUUGAAGAUAGUGAUGAUGUUAUACCAGAGUCACCUGAUAUUCAAAUAAAAAAUAAAAAAAAAGAAGCCAGAAAGAAGAGACGCCUGAGCGAUUCUGAUGACGAAAUAUUCACUAAAAAGAAAAAACCUAGUGAACCAUUAAAAUCCGCAAAGAAACCACCAGAACAAUCUAAACUAAAAGAAGUUAAGGUGCAGGAUUUAUUUGGCGAUGGCCCAAUUAAAAGGACAGAGCCUUUUGUCAAAAAAGCUAAGAAACACACUGAAACAGGCAUACACUCUGAUGAAGAAUUCGAAAAAAGCCUUUUAGAAGUCGAUGCGGAGGGAUCAUCAUCAUCAAUUACUAAAUACGAAAAAUCUCCAAAUAUAAAUCAUGAAAGAAAAAGUAAAACAGAUGUAUCAAACAACAAGUCACUUAUUAAAAUGAAUGUAGAUCACAAAUCAAAAGAGAAAAAAGAACAUAAACAUGAGAAACGGCUCCAACAUGAAGACAUUGAAAAUAAAGAUAAGAUACAUAAAGAUAAACAUAAGGAGUCCAAGAGAGAACAUAAAGAAGAUAAUAGACAUAUAGAUUUGAAAAUAAAUAAUACCAGGAAAGAUCACAAAGGUAGCACUCCAAGUGACAAGUCCCUUAUUGAUGGAAAUCCAAAAACAAAAGAUUCAAAAAUGGACCGUAAACAUAUUGAAGAAUCUCAUAAACAUAGAAGUAAAGCUAGUGCCAAUGCUUUUGGAAACCAGAAAGAAAAGAAAAUGGAUACAGAUUCAAUAGAAAAAACUCAAAUAACUUCUGUAAAGAAAGAGAAUGGAAAACCUUCAAUGGACAAAAAGAGAGACUUUAGUGUGUUUUUAGAAAGUGCAGACUCAAAAGUAAAAACUCAAAGAACUCCUGAAAAGAAAGAGAAUGGAAAACCUUCAAUGGACAAAAAGAGAGACUAUAGCGUGUUUUUAGAAAGUGAUACAUCUGUUUUGGAAGAUCAUGAUACACCUAGGAGUAAGAAAAAGAAGAUGAAUAACAGCCUUAAUGAAUCAGUUCUCACUGAUGAAGAAAGACAUGAACGUAGAAUGCAAUCUGCUGCUCUUUACAAGCAAUACUUGAAUAGAUCUGGACCUAAGCAUUUGGGCGCUAAGGAAAUUCCUGAAGGUACCCCGGAGUGUUUAGCAAAUUGUGCAUUCCUGUUAACUGGCGUGCUAGAUUCCUUUGACAGGGAACAAAUAACAGCUGCAAUUGUACAAUACGGGGGCAGUGUCAAGAGUGGUAUAAGCAAGAAGGUAACUCAUGUGCUGGCAGGAGAAGACUCGGGUCCAGCGAAAAUGGCAAAAGCUCAAGAGCUAGGCAUCAAAAUCAUUGGUGAAGAUGAAUUCUUACAAAUGAUAAUUGACAACUCCAAAAAGUCUAAAGUUCAAUCAGAGUCUAAAGCGGAGAUAAAGAAAGAAAAAACUCCCAAGCGAUCUGAUAAAAAGAGCCCAAAAGAUUCUAAAAGUAUUGACAGUAUUAAAAUAAAGGAAGUAAAAACUAAAGAUAUAGUUAAAGUUGAGAAAAAUCGUGCCAAAAGUAAAAGUCCUCAUAAAGGUGAGGCGAGGCUUAAAAAUCAAAGUAAUCAUGAAAAUAAAUUAGCAAGUGACACUAAAUCGGAAGAAAAGUCCAAAUCAAGCACUUCUAUCAAGCCAGAAACAAGUAUUGUGAAGAAAGAAGCUGUUAGUGAAUCAUGUAAAGCAACGAGUACAAACGCCGUAAACUCUAUGAUGUGGGUGGAGAAAUACAAACCACAGAAUGUAAAGCAGAUUAUCGGACAACAUGGAGACGCGAGUAAUGUUAAGAAACUAAUAAACUGGCUGACAAAAUGGUACGUGAACAGAAAGGCUAAGCUUCCCAAGCCCAGUCCUUGGGCGAAGAACGACGAUGGUGGAUUCUACAAAGCAGCUUUGCUCUCUGGACCACCAGGCGUUGGCAAAACGACAACAGUGGCGCUGGUCUGCAAGGAACUAGGCUUCGAUGUAGUUGAGUUCAACGCGUCAGAUACAAGAAAUAAGACUUUGAUCAAAGAACAAAUUGGCGAACUACUCACUACUACUUCGUUAUCUGCCUAUGCUAAAGGUGAUACGGGCAAACAAGCAGUCACAAAGAAGCACGUGCUUGUCAUGGACGAAGUCGAUGGUAUGGCAGGCAAUGAGGACAGAGGUGGUCUCCAAGAGCUAAUAUCCUUGAUCAAAAGCACGUCAGUGCCUAUUAUAUGCAUGUGUAAUGACCGGAACAGUCAAAAGAUGAGAUCGUUCGUUAACUAUUGCUACGACCUCCGUUUUAACAGACCUCGAGUAGAGCAGAUUAAGUCCGCUAUGAUGUCAAUUUGCUGCAAAGAAGGCAUCAAAAUACCUCCCGAGGCAUUAACUCAACUCAUCGUGGCAGCCAAUCAGGAUGUCAGACAGACCUUGAACUUCCUCUCAAUGUGGUCCGUAGACUCCAAUCUCGGUGACACUGAACGAUUGAAGAAGGACGCUCAGAGUGCUAAAAAAGAUUUUAAAUUGAGUCCGUUUGAAGCUUGCCGCAAAGUAUUCUCCGAGCAAGAUCACAAGACGAUGAGCAUCAACGACAAGAGCGAUUUGUUCUUUUACGACUACAGCUUAUCGCCGCUCUUCGUUCAGGAGAAUUACCUGCAAGCAAUGCCGCAUUGUCCCAAACACGAGGUGCUGGAAAGGUUAAGCAAAGCUGCUGAUAGCAUCAGCUUUGGUGACUUAGUCGACGCCAGGAUACGUCGGCAACAGGCUUGGAAUUUGCUUCCUGUGCAGGCAGUGUACAGCUCCGUGAUACCAGGUCACCAUAUGUCUGGCCAUGUGGCUGGUCAGAUACAAUUCCCUGGGUGGCUGGGCAAGAACUCGCGAGCCACUAAGAUGAAUAGACUCUGCCAAGAAAUACACGCUCAUACUCGACUUAGCACAUCUGGAUCUAAAUCAUCAAUCUUUUUGGAUUACUGUACACAUAUAAGAGACGCCAUAGUUAUGCCAUUGGUAAAGGAAAAAGCAGACGGUAUCCAUAAAUCGUUAGAAGUCUUGGAAUCAUAUCAUUUGUUAAGGGAAGACUUGGAUUCGUUGACUGAGAUGUCAUUAUGGCCUGGACAGAGGGAUCCCAUGAUCUUAGUUGAUAGUAAGAUAAAAGCAGCAAUGACUAGAACAUACAACAAGAAGGCGUUAGCAUUGCCCUAUGCACCGGGUAGCAUAAAGCGGGGCCGAGCGAACAAUGGUGAAGAUGGUGAAGAAGACGACAAUGAGGAAGUUGAGGAGGACAAUGAUAGUGAUCCGGAGAAAGAUGCACUUAUUAAGAAAAAGAAAGUGAAAGAAGAAAAGGCAAGUACGAGUAAAGAAAGGCCGAGUUCAAGCAAAUCUGGUUUCAGCAAGGACAAACCCAGUACUAGCAGGAAAAAGAAAUAACAUACAAAGUCAUCGGGAAGCUAUUUCCUGUUUUAAAGUGUUGAACUGAUUAUUAUUGAAGUUGUGGUGUAAUUUAUUGUAAAGUUCGACAGGUUACAUUUUGACCCAUAUUUAAAAAAAAAUGUCUUCUAUACAUUAUAAAAUUUAGCUCAUUAGAAUGGCACAUGUCAAACUUCAUGAACCAGUGAUGGACACGAUCAGUAAAAUCAAGAAUCGAUGUUAAAGUAUGCCGACUGAACUAUGACAUCAGUGUUAGUAUGUCGUGGCAAUAACUGAAAUCAAGUCAUAUAAUUCAUUAUUAUUAGAGUGCGCUCCACGAAUAAUGUCGAAUAGACGUGACUAUUUGUUAUUUUUUCAAUAAAACGUAACUAGGCAUACCUAAAUAAUGGUAUAGUGGUAAACAUUGGAUAAAAAUUCACCAAACAUACACAAUUUAACCGAAAAUAACAUGACAUUUGAGCUUUGAGUAACAUGAGCAAUUUGAAAUGAAAAACAAAUCAGUCAAGGAAAAUUUAAAAAACCGCUGAACCAUUUGUCGAUUUCAAUGAUCGUAUGUUAAUGAGUAAGUACGAAAAAUAAUUGUUGUUUUGUCAUGUUAAAAAAAAUAAAUUUGUAGGCUACCAGAAAUUUAGGUCGCUCUAAUUUUGUCGGUUUGUCAUUUUAAUCGAGCUGAAUUUCACAUUAUACUCCCCAUGAACCAAUUACACCAAAAGUCAGUGGCGUUAUAUCCAGGUUUAAACGUAACUUGUUACACAUUUGACAACCUAUUGAGGAAAAAUAGUGUUUAGGUAAGUGGUUUUAUUAGAGUAGCCUAAUAACUUUGGUAACACCGAUUCAAGUUUUACCAACCGGCACCGUGACUCGCCUACAAACACUAUUAAAUGGUGUCUUCUAUGCUUCAGAAAUAAUAGAUAUUUGAUGGUCCGCAUUACGGAAACAAAAUGUUACUAAUUGUUUUUAAAUAAUAAAAAUAUAUUAUUGCAAACUACUUGAAAACUAUAGUAUGGAUUUGCUUAUGGGUCAGGACAAAUUGCAGAUGGAGACAAAAAACUAAAAAAACACUGUUUGUUACUAAAACUAGUAGAGGUAUUGUAUUAUAUAUUAUAGCCCACCAUUUUAGUUUUAAAGAGUACCAAGUAUUUAGAUAUUAUGUAGAAUAUAAAAAAAAUUGCAUGAAAUCACCAACAAACCUGAUAAUUGUGAACAUUUAUAGCGCGUUUACAUUAGGUCGACAAGUCGCCUCCGCUUGCUUGCCGAAGACUGCAACUCGCCCAGUAUAAACACUGAAACCGUUUGAAGACAGUAGUUCGCUGCCGAAGUCGCGUGAGUCAACUAGGUUUAAUCACUGUCGUCCAGAGUCGGUGGACGAAACAAAUCUCAAUGUAUCGGCGGCCGCGUCAUAAAACAACGCGGGGCGGAGAAUACCUACUUGUUCCCGAUCAGUUUGUUGAAGAUUUCGAACGAUUUGUUGUCUCUGAAUGAUUUGGUGUAAACAUUGCGUCGACUGCGCAGCCUUCGUCAGUACAAUUCGCUUGCUGAAGAGACGGCAGUCGACACGGUGUAAGCAGCUAGUUGACUGCGCCUCCUUUAGCAAAGCGAAGUAGUCUGUUCACUGCGCCUCCUUCAGCAAGGCGAAGUAGUCUGCUGAAGGCGGCAGUUGAACUUGCGGAAACACGCUAUUAUUAAUAUUCUGUGAAAAUGUAAACAAUUCAAGAUUUGUUUCCAUUUUCACACGCUACUGGCGAAUGUCAGAGUUCGAGUUAAAUCUCAACGGCCCUUUGUUUAUUCUUUGUUGAUAUUUAAAAGUCACCUAAAUUUAAGAAUUGUAAUUAGUUUUGUAAUAAAUUGCGAUAC